UUCGUUGACAGCAAUAAGUACUACUUUGUACAUUACUAGUAUACGAGCGAGGUAUGUCAGCCCAGUCACGUGAUCUCUCCUGUGGUGAAUUGAAGCUGAUUAACGCGGCUGUAUAUAAACAAUCUGAUCUCCAUAUCAUUCUCAGUACGCCAGCAUCCAAUCCUUCAUCAAUCAAACACCUUCAAGCCCCUCAUGACCGUCACUCCCCUCAACUCUCUCAAAGAAUUCCAGGAAGUGAUCAACAAUGGUAAAGUCGUCAUCAUCGACUACUGGGCAACCUGGUGUGGCCCGUGCAGGGUUAUAUCCCCCAUUUUUGAGCGUCUCUCAGACGAGUGUAAAUCCGACAAUGUUGUCUUCUUCAAGGUAGACGUGGAUGACCAACCUGACAUUAGCUCAGAAGUAGGCAUUCGAGCGAUGCCCACUUUCCAGGUCUUCAAGGAUGGCCAGAAAAUCGGCGAACUCGUCGGUGCCAACCCUCCUGCACUCGCGAAACUCAUCGAAUCCCACGUCUAAGGAAUAUCUCAAAGCUACUGAUGAGUUCGGUUCUGAGGCAAUUGUUGUUCUUAUUAUUACCGCCUUUCCCGUACCUUUGUUGUAUUAUUUCCAAGUUGAAGAAGAAGAUCGCAUUUCUGACUGUAGUAAAUAAAUUCGCUAGUGUCUCCCAUGUGUUGUUACAAACCUCAGAUCUCAAUAUUAGCUCUUAAUGAGUACAGAUGAC